AUGUUUAAGUUGACCACACUCGUUGCUUUGGCCUCCGUUGCCACCACUGUCUUGGCUACUCCUCCAGCUUGUUUGUUGGCUUGUGUUUCCAAGGUUGAACAAGACUCUAAAUGUUCUGGUUUAAACGAUUUGUCAUGUAUCUGUGGUGACAACUCUUCUGCUGUUGAAAAGUGUUUAAAAUCCAUUUGUCCUGACGGUUCUGCCGAUGCUGCUGUCUCUGCUUUUGAAGACUCUUGUUCUGGUUACUCCAUUAACAAGAACGAAUCUUCUUCUUCUGAAGCUGCUUCUUCCACUGCUUCUUCCUCUGAAGCUUCUUCAUCAUCUGAAGCUGCUUCUUCUACUGCAGCUUCAUCAUCUUCUGCUGCUGCUUCCUCUUCCUCUGCUGCUGCUUCAUCGUCCUCCGCUGCAGCUUCAUCUUCGUCUGCUGCUGCCUCAUCCACUUCUGCUGCUGCUUCAUCUUCUGCUUCUUCCGAAGUUGUUUCUUCUUCUUCCACAAAGGCUCCAACCUCCUCUGUUGCUCCAAUCUCUUCCACCACUGGUAACGUCACCAUUCCUAUUACUUCCAACCCUGCUGGUGGUGCUGGUGCCAAUGCCGUUGGUGUUAUUGCUGCUGGUUUCGCUGGUUUCGCUGCUUUGUUGUAA